GUGUGUGUGUGUUGUAUGUGCGUGUAUUUGUAAACUGGGCUACAUGUUCUCCAGGUUUUCCUUCUAUCCGAGCACCAGAAUCAUCCAGAAGGAAAUUACGCCACGUGACGCGCCCAACGCCCUCGACUUCGCUGAUCCCUCUGACCAGCCUCGUCAGUCCUCCCUGACGUCGCCAUGAGCCGAGACCAGAGGACCGCCAUGAGCCGAGACCAGAGGACCGCCAUGGCCCGAGGGCAGAGGACCGCCGGCGCCAGCAACAGGCUCCCUAUGUUUAAGGUUUUCGUGACGAGACUCCACCUCGACACGACGGACGAGCACGUCAGGCACUACGUUCGGGAGGCGACUGGCGAGGACCCCGUUGGUGCCGUGCACCGGAUCGCGCCCCGGGAAGGACAACUUCGUGUCGUACAAGGUCACGUGCCACCUGAAGCACAUGGAGCGCUGCUGCUGCCGGAGACGUGGCCGCAGUAUUCGCGCUUCAGGGAAUUCGUAGAGAAGGUGGCAAUGCCCCCUCCGCCAGUCCAGCGCACGGCCCGCGAGCAGCGACUCCGCGCGCAGUGGAAGUGACGUGGAGCCUCGCCUUCGCAGACAAGACAAGACAAAAUACGGAGAGAAAAAGGGAAAUAAGAGUGGGAGAGGAAGGAGAGAGUAUAAAAAAGGAAAUAAGUAUUAGAAUAAAAG